GCCCUAAUUCGAGACGACAAGGCAUUACAUGCAUGGUGAUUUUCUGAGCCUACCACAUUUCCCAAGCACUGCUAUUGGAAGAACCAUUGUAAGCAUGGCUGGUGGGAAGGAAUCUCCUAUGGAGAGCCAGGUCGCCAGUGACCGGAUCCUGGUGAUCGAGCCGGGCUCGUACUUCCUGCGGAUCGGCCGAGCCACGGACGUGAACCCAGCCGUGCUGCCGCACGUCAUCGCCCGGCGCAGGAGGGACGGCGGCCAGCAGUACCAGGACCCCGUCCUGCCGCCCGACGUCAAACUGCCCCGUCAGCAGAUGACCGAGAUCGAGGAGACGCGGCUGGCCGUCUCGCACACGCUGCAGUCCUGCCUGAAGUCGGACGGCACGGCCAGGUUCGCCGCGCCGCCGCAGAUGGUGGCCAGCUUCAACAAACACUCGCAGCCUGUGAAGACCACGGACCGCGUGCCCGAGUGGACGCCGGGUGGCGCCGACUGUAUCGUGGGGGACCAGGUACUCACGCUGGACCCCAGCUGCCCGUAUAACGUCCACUUCCCGAUGCGACGCGGCCGGCUGAACCUGCACAGCGGGCCGGGCGGCUCGCGCUCCUCGGUCAUGGCCGACCUGGAGGUCAUCUGGCUGCACUGCAUCGAGCGGCUGCUGGGCAUCACCAGGGCAGAGCUGGAGGACUGCCGAGUCGUCCUGGUGCUGCCCUGUGUCUACGACCGAGCCACCGUCAAGGCGCUGGCCGAGCUGCUGGUCAACGGACUGGGCUUCGCCUCCUUCUUUCUGAUCCAGGACCAUGUGGCUGCCGCCUUCGGCUCGGGCUCGCCAGCGGCCUGCAUUGUCGACAUCGGCGAUCAGAAGACGUCCAUCUCCUGCGUGGAGGACGGCAUGUCGAUCCGGGAGACGCGGAUUCACUUGGAAUAUGGCGGCAGUGAUGUUACGCAGACCUUCUACUGGCUCCUGAAAAAGAGCGCUUUUCCCUACAAACAAUGCAUGUCAACGUCUCGACUAGAUGCACUUCUGCUGCACAAACUCAAGGAAACUUAUUGUCAUGUCGACCUGGACACGUGCGGGCCGCAGGAGCACACGUUUCGCGUCAGUAAGCCGCACCACGCCUCGCUGCAGUACACUCUGCAGCUGGGUGACGAGUGCAUCAUCGCCCCGCUGAGCUACUUCCACCCGGCGCUGUUUCACCUGACGGGGCCGAAGCAGGUGCGGCUACAUGAGCCGUACCGGGGUGACCCGGACGACCCGCUGGACGCCGCGUACCUGCGCGAGACCGGGCGCAAGCGUGAGACCCAAGACGCAGCCAGCGAACCUGUGGACCAAUCGCAGCUGGACGAUGACGUUGACGUCAUGGAGCCAAGCCAAUCACUAGACGCCAACGGCCAGAUCAAGAUCGACAGGCUGCUAAGUCUGGACCAAGCAAUUCUGCAGAGCGUGGACCAAUGUGGCAGUGACGAGCUGAAACGCAAGUUCUACUCGUGCGUGGUGGUGGUGGGCGGCGGUGCCAAGUUCGCGGGCUUCGCCAACUGGCUGCGCAACCGGCUGUCGCUGCAGGUGCCCUACCAGUUCCGGCCAGAGCACAUGGAGAUCGUGACGGAGCCGCGCGAGCAGGAUCCGCAGGUGGUGACGUGGAAGGGCGCCUGCAUCAUGGCCUGCAUGGAGUCAGCCAGCGAGCUCUGGAUCCGACCCUCCGAGUGGCGCUCGCUUGGCGUGCGCAUUCUGCGCGAGAAGGCCGCCUUCUUCUGGUGAAGGCUCAGAUCGGGGACCAUUUGUGAGCCGAGGGGGAUACUUCGGCAGGCUUGCAAGGUUUGGCGAUGCCUGUGAGGCGAUUGGCGUACCGUCGGGAACCCCUGCAAGCGGCGGCAAACCAUGAAACCCCUGCAAAUGGCGGCAGACCAGGGGACGCUGGUGAGGGGCGGAAGGUCAGGGGAGGCUUGUGAGGAGCGGCAGGACCAGGGGACACCUGUGAGGGGCGGGAGGUCAGAGGACGCCGGUGAGGGGCGGGAUGUCAGAGGACGCCUGUGGGGGGCGGAAGAUCAGGGGACGCUUGUGAGGAGCGGCAGACCAGGGGACGCCUGUGAGGGGCGGGAGGCCAGGGGACGCCGGUGAGGGGCGAGAGGUCAGAGGACGCCUGUGAGGGCGGGAGGCCGGGAGACGCUUGUGGGGAGCGGCAGACCAGGGGACGCCUGUGGGGGGCGGAAGAUCAGGGGACGCUUGUGAGGAGCGACGGACCAGGGGACGCCUGUGAGGGGCGGAAGGUCAAAGAACGCCGCUGGGUGGUGGGAGGUCGGAGGACGCCUGUGAGGGGCGAAAGGUCAGGGGACGCUUGUGAGGAGCGGCAGAUCAGGGGACACCUGUGAGGGGUGGGAGGUCAAGGGAGCCUGUAGGACAUCAGUGGGUGCCUCGUCAGGACGCUCGUGAUGCGGUAAGGCGUGCCGUGCUUGAGGCCUGGUCGCUAUGCGAUGUCGUUCCUUGUGCCGGCCACAAUCCGGCCGUCUGGUAACGUAUUAAGUUACAAACUGUCAGCAGUUUACCAGUCACUGCCAAUGCUAACUGUACUAUCCAUGCGUUUUGUUUGCAUUGAUGAUUGCCUCCCGCUUUGGGAUUGCUCCGGAACGACUGGAAAUGGGCCACACAGUAGCCUUUUUGUCACGCUUUGUCUCAGCGUGUAUGAUGCGCUGCGUGCGACAAGCACCGCACGAACGUGAUGGAAUAUAUUCAGAGCUGUAUAGG